AUGGUGAGUGACGGCAAGCCGUCAGCUUUGCAUUCUGAGGUGCUGUUGCGUUUGAACAAUUGCUCAGAUCAAGAUGCCGCCCUCAAUGUGACACUCCCGGGAGCACAGUAUCUCGAAGGGGAGUUUUCAGUGAUGAGCAUCUUCAAAAGCAACGCUUCAUAUUCGCGUCCAGGAACAAAUCCCCAGCGGCAACUGCUGCUGAGUCGAAGAGAGAAUGUGGAGCGGGUCCCUGAAUCAUGUGCAAAGUCGAACUGGUUGUUCCUACACAUCAACUCUUCUGACUAUGAGGAUGCAGAGUCCAUCCACGCGCCUGAGUUCUUUGGGAAUGCUAUGGCUUGCACCGACACGGAUGUGGUUGGCAAUGCCUUCAAACACGGCCAGGCCGCCUUUGAACUGCAGCUACUCCCACCAGAACUCAGUGUAGCGGAAGCUGCCAGUCAGCCUGCCGUGCAAGGGGGAACCUUGGCUUUGUCAGUUCCAUCAUGCUCAAAACCAUUGGGCGACUUGGAGUUUGGCACGGUUGAGACGCCUGGCAUCUAUUCAUUGCAUCCCUGUGAGUGCUUCGGGGAAGCUUAUGCCAACGCAGAGCCGGUGGAUCCUGCCUCCAAUGCGGCGGUCCCGCGCAAUGCACAGGGCGCCUUCAACAAAGGUACAGUUCCUGAUCAGCGCCUGUUCUCCGGGCCUUACACCUGUGAAGAGACGGCCUCAUUGGGACAGUUCUCCCACAUCGACUUGGCAAGCUGUCAGAAGGCAUGCUCCGCCAAACCAGAAUGCCAGUUCUACUUGUUCGGAAAGACCUCAGAGAUUUGCACUUUGCUCAAAAGUUGCAACUACGUACAAGAUGUGGGCCUACAGGUUGUGAACGAGUUGUAUGGAAUGGUCCCUCAGGAGGGAUCUUAUUGUCACAUUGCUAACCCGCGAAAAUGCUGGCAAGAAAUCAAGCGCCGAAGCAUGUUGAGUUUUGCACCUUCAAACCUACCGCCUUGCCUGUUCCAAAAGCAGUUUGAGGCUUGUGAUACCUUGCAACUUAUUCUUGGAAAGGAAGAUGGCCCUUGCAUGCGCUGCCAGUACAUCGACACUACAAGCCCUGAUGGACGCUCAUUUGCUGCAGUUGGCAUGAGUAAGAUUCCUCUUCCUGAGAUCUUUCCUCCUGCUUCGCAGAUCUCCGUGGGAUGCAACGACACCUCCAGGAUGUUUGCCAGACUGCAACAUGGACUUCAAUGGGAAGGCCCUCGUGAAAGUGAUUCGGCCUUUACGUGUGUGAGCGGUGAGUGGAUUGGCGAACAGGGUCCUUGGCAGUAUUUGUCCAAUUUUACGUGCCAAAGAUGUAUUCAAGUUGGAGACGCCAACCUUCAGCGUUUGUCUUUGGUCUCGAUGCCGGAGAUUUACUUCUUGGAGCGCAGGGUGGUGCAUGUGACCUACCCCUUCUCCAUCAAUGGCUGCACUCGUGCCAGCGCAAAAACAGCCUCUCCAUUGGUGGCCACAGAGACCCAAAUGUUCCUCGACGUGGCAAAGGAUCAACACCUCCAACUGGAGGUGCUUGAGCCUGAAUCGUUGUGGUGGAUUGAUUCAACAUCUGGCCACCUACGAGUGAGAUAUAAUGUGCUUGAUCCAAACAAGGAGUGGUGUAUUUGUGACGAUGGCCAUGCUUUGCAAGCCUGUUUGUGUGAUGCGUCGUUCCAGAAGAAAGACUUCUGGCUCUUCGAGCAGGGUGUUAUUCGAGCAUCCAGCGGCACAAAAUGCCUCCAAGCUGACAAGACAUUGGCAGUGGCGACUUGCCCAAACGGCCGGGAUCUGAAGUUUAUUUGGUACUUCAAGUCUGGGAAUUGUUUUUUCGGCUUUGAUCUGAGCAACACCGCGCAGAUGCUUUGGACAGCCACCGUUGAGACGGCGGCUGAGACGCCGCCCUUGCGCUUGGGGAAUUUGGCCUUCAAGGAGACUCGAAGCGAAGGCGAAGGCUUGUUCCAGAUAUACAUCGAUUACCCUCCUGUCAAUGCCAAACUCUGCCUCCAUGCCGACUUGACGAUGAAAUUGGGCCAGGGGUACAUGAUGCAAAUGUCAUCUGAGUGCCGAUCAACUUUCCUUUGGAGAGGAGCUCACAUAGCAUAUUUUCAUCUUGGGGAUCUGAAGACGACCUACUACUUGCAGACCAUCGAGGAUGAUCAUCAGCUGCGCUUGAUCGCCGCAAAACAGACCACUCCUGGUCCUGAAUUCAACUUCGUGGUCUCUGGUGGCAAGAUCAUGCCAGCCUCCAGUGCCUCAGGUUCAAAGCAGUGCUUGCGAGCAAAGAGCAUGAAGCCAAGUACCGCCACCACCAGCAACGGUCUUAGGAGCCUGGUUAUAGAGAAGGGCCAAGCCAGGAACUAUACUGCGUGCACGAGCUACGGUGAAUUCUCCGGCUUCAUCAAACAGAAUGGGUGGAGCCAGGUUUGCCGAGAGUCUGGCUUCUUGAACGUGGAGCACACCUCUUCGGGAUUUUGUGUAACCCAAAUGCACGAUCCACCUUUGUUUGGAGCGAACUGUGACGACGCAGAUGAUCAAAGUGUCCUGACGGAUGUGAAGUGGCCGAGUUCAAUCUCCCCAGACCCACAUGGUAUCGGCCCACGAUGUUCCGCACGCUGUGCUCGCCUUGGCUCUAGUUAUGUGAUGGCCGAGAAGCCGCCGGUGCAUUCUUAUGACGCUCACGACGACACAACCACCGGCUUGGUGAACUUCACUUGUCCUUCUGGUUCUUUCCUUGCAUCCAUCCGGGUGGAAUUGUUUCCAUCCAGCCACUCCUACACGUUCAAAUGCAUCGGUCCUUGGGGCGCCGUCUUUGACACGAGCAGUCCGAACAUGGUCCUUUUUGAGGAGUGCAUGAGCGACAGUGAUGUGUACGUUUGGACCGAAACGUGGACUUUGGAGAAGAUCGGCGCCCGCCCAAGCAGCGGGACGUGGACAGAACUCGAAGGCUGUGAAGCCUCUGUGUCAGUCGCCAUGCACGAGAAUCCAGAUCCAAAUGCAGAUGCACAAGGUCUCAACCUGUCGAUUCCUGACUUUGCUUCUCUUUCUGUGAAGGAAAAGGCUGGGUAUACAAGAGCUCCCGGCAUCCAUGUCACCACUCAUGGCGCUAGCAAGGUCCUCUUCACUUGUUUACCAGGCCAUGCAGAGGGGCCAGUGCUGGAUGGCAACCGUUCAACUUUGUGCGCCGAAAAUAUCGCUGUGAAGGCAAGCGAUUUGUCACAAUCAACUAGCUUGUUUGCAGACCGUUUCCAGACUUUGAUCAUUCAGAAAAGUUGUCCUGUGCUGAUGGAAGCGACUGGACAUGUCGACCCCAGCAUUGCGGUCAACACGGCCAAGGGGGGCAUGACGAUGCAGCAGCUCAGCCAGAUCCUUCGAUUGGCCUAUCAUGCCACACAGUUCGGGGAUCCGCACUUGCCGCCUUUCAACUACAGAGGCCCAACAUCAGCGUUUGCGGAGGUUGUGGGAUUCAUCAGCCUGCAGCCCAACGGCGCCCCUUGGGGUCUCACUUGCCCACCGGGGGCUGUGGUUGCAUCCGGAAGUUCGACCAUGCCCUAUUGUGUGUUCGUGGAUGCCUCGGAGGAAAAGGUCUUCUAUGCCUUCUCAGGUUCCAUGAGUUGCCCUGAUGGUACAGCAGUGAGCGGCUGGUACAACUUGCCUGGAACUCCUGUGAAGGGUUGGAGAAGGGGUCCUACGGUGGCCCCCAAAACAAAACAGGCUUGCGCUUGUUUUGCCGUUCGACAGCGCUGCUAUCAUCCUGCCAGAAUCCAACGGCCUCCUCUUGCCAAGGGGGAGGUAUUGUGGCGAGUGUGGCCUUCGACUCCAACCAGUUCAAGCUUGGCUGCUGCAAGCUGCAGAGGCGCAUAG